AUGGCCGAAGAAAUGCGUGGAGCUUUAGCUCUACAACAAGAACUCGAAAAAGCAAAGUUUAGACUGAAAGAUGUCAAUGAAAAUAUAAAGAGAAUAACAGGCAGGGAUCCGGACGAACCGAGAGAUCGUAGAACAGUGGGUGCUGAUGGUAGAGGUAGGGAGAGAAUAUUCAAUGCAGCCAGAAGAAAUAUGGGCGGACAGGAUGGUUCCCCAGUCAAAAGAAGAAUUUCAGUUGGAGGAGCGUUUUCAAGACUGGGACCAAGACCUGCUAGACCACGAGAGGACAGUGGCGAUGAAGAAGAUGACCAGAAGCACACUGUCCAAUCAUCUGUAGUAGCUGCCUCUAUCGAAACUCGCACCAAAUCCAUGGAAAAACAAAGUAAAGACAGAGAAGGAAUGGCCAGAAAUAGGAGAAUGUUUGGUAUGAUAUUAGGUACUUUACAAAGAUUUAAAACUGAAGCCAAAGACAAUAAGGACAAGGAUGAUCAAAGACGGAAACUAGAAAAGAAAUUAGAUGAGAAGGCAGAGAAAGAAAGAGUCAGAGUUCGUCAAGAAACAAGGAAUUUAUUAGAUGAGAUGAGAUUAGAACAGUCCAAGAUAAGAAGAUUAGAACAGAAGAUGGAACUUGUCCAGGAUCAUGAAGCUAUAGAGAAAGAAAUGGUGAAACUGUCUAAUUUUCUCAGUACCAAAUCUAAACCACAUAUAUUUUAUAUGCCUAAGAAACUUCUGUCUUCUGAUGAUAACAAGCUGAAAGAUUCUGAAAUCUUUGUUAAAAAGCUGAUUGAUGAAAAACAGAAGAAAAUGGAGUCAGAAAUUGAAGAGAUGAUGACCAGAGAAAGUCAACGUGAAGAGCGAAUCAGAUCUCGUAUAGCAGAGAGAGCUAGACAUGCUAGUGGUGAUAUGGAAGAUCAUGAUGAUGAAGAUGAUGAUGACCAUGAGGAUGACCAGGAGACUGACCAACAGGCUAUAGAUAAACAUAAAGCGUCUAUGAGGGAGGACAAGGAAAAUGAGGUGGUGGUAAAGAGUGAACCAAUGUCUGAUUUUAAUGUUUCAGGUAUCAAACAGGAAAAGGAUGCAGACGGUGAAGGGGAGGGGGAUGACAGUGACGUAGAAAUGGGGGAGGAGGAAGAUGCUGACGGACAAGCUAUUGUAAAGGAUGAAAGCAGCAAGCGUCCUAAGAAUGAGGAGGGUGACAAGGACAAGGGUAAGGAUGGGGGUCUUCAUGAAAAUCAAGAUGCUGAAAUGCAAGACGGGGGUAUGGUCAAUACUGUAGGUGGGGCAGCCAAAGAAGCACAAGACAAGGACAGCAGUAAACAUUCAAGACGUAAAUCUGAUUCCAAAAGGACUGAUAAACAUAGAGACUCAAGAGAAGAGGAGGGUAGGGAAAGACAUAGGACUAAGUCAGGGCAAAAUGAAACUAGUUCACGCUCAGAACGCGAAAAACGCAGAAGCUCAGACCACCAUGAACGGGAGAAAAGACGCUCAAGAAGUAGGGAUCGUAAAGAUAGACACAAACACUCCAGACAUCAUAAGGAUGAGAAACGUAAACGCACACGUCAUGAUACUGAUGACGAGGACAACAUGGAUACUUCAACAUCUGCUAAACAAAAAAGAGACAAUCAAGAUGAACGCAUACCACAACCCGAAUCUGAAAGCACAGUUCAAACUGAAAGCACAUCAGCUUCUUUGCCUAAAGACGCUAAACCAUCAGAAAAACUGUCCAAGGAAGAAUUCUUUGAAGCCAUGGUGUCUGAAGACUUAUCUAAAUCUGAUCCAUCUCGGGGAAGUCACACUGAUAGGGAAAGCCAUGCUGAUCAGGAAAGCCAAGCUGAACGGGAAAGCCACGCUGAGCGAGAAAGAAAAAUUGUCAUGGCUGAAGAUGGAGAAGACAAUAUGGAGGAUGAACCAGCUGAUGAAUGAUAAUAAACAUUGUCUUAUUUCUGUUCAAUAAUUGUGAAUUGUGUUUAUAGCCUAGAUUAUAUUACUUUAUUCAUUCUUUCUCAGGUUCAGAUAUAUUUGCGACUAGUGUCUGACUGUGUUUGAUUCCAUUUCCAGAAAACAAAUACAUGCAGCAGUAGAGGUAAAGGGUUUUAAUAAAAAUGAACAUGAUUUGAAAUACUUUGGUUACACAACGCAAUUGUACUCUUAACAAAUUCUUGGUAUUUGAUGUUUACAUAUUAUUCUAUUAAACACCUGAUUUCACUUGGUGAAUGAGUUAUUCAGCAUCAAUCUGGAAAAUAUAUACUCAAAUUGAUUUUAGAAUUCAUCCAUUUUCCUAGAAAAAUAACGUUACACUUUGAGCUUUCAACCAUAAAUUAUUCUUAGCUUAAUCUCUAAGUUUAAUGUUAAAUAGACUUUAACGGGAUUUGUUCUAAAAUAUCUGUUUUCUUGAGAAAGAAUGAAUUAAUCCAAAUUUCAUACUAAUAUUUCAUUUUUUUUAGAUUUUUUCAGGCCAGGUAAGUAUUCUCUGUCAUUUUCUUUAGAUUAGACUUAAUGAAAUAUAGGUGUUUGUUAGGCACAAAUGGAAAUAAUCAUUUAGGCUGGGCUAUGAAAAGAUCACAUGGCUUUUUAUGUUGAUUU